GACUUUAACGUUUGUUAGUUCAAGAAGUUGAAAACGCAAAAUAAAAUGUAAUGAAAACAAAUUGAACAAAAACGAGAUAUUUAAUAAGUGAAGAAACAAUUCAACUGAUUUAUCCAUAAUGCCGUACGCCAACCAACCUUCGGUGCACAUAACCGACUUAACAGACGACAAUUGCAAGUUUUACAUCGAAGACACGGAUUUGAGCGUUGCUAACAGCAUUCGCCGCGUCCUUAUAGCCGAAACCCCAACCCUAGCCAUCGAUUGGGUAAAAUUAGAAGCCAAUUCCACUGUACUCAGCGAUGAGUUUCUAGCCCAUCGGAUAGGUUUAAUUCCGCUAAUCUCAGACGAGGUGGUGGAACGUUUACAAUAUCCUAGAGACUGCGUUUGCUUGGAUUUCUGCCAGGCGUGCAGCGUGGAAUUCACCCUCGAUGUGAAAUGCACAGAUGACCAAACUCGCCACGUGACGACGGCUGAUUUCAAGUCCAGCGAUCCGCGAGUGAUACCGGCGACGUCGAAGCACCGCGACGACGAGUCCUCCGAAUACGGGGAGACCGAUGAAAUUCUGAUAAUCAAGCUGAGGAAAGGGCAGGAGCUGAAGAUCAGGGCGUACGCUAAAAAAGGCUUCGGCAAAGAGCACGCCAAAUGGAAUCCCACUUGCGGCGUCGCGUUCGAAUACGAUCCCGAUAAUGCAAUGAGACAUACACUGUUUCCAAAACCGGAUGAAUGGCCGAAGAGUGAAUACAGUGAAUUGGAAGAUGAUCAAUAUGAAGCGCCUUUUAAUUGGGAGCUGAAACCUAACAAGUUCUUCUUUAAUGUUGAAUCCGCAGGUUUGCUUAAACCGGAAAAUAUUGUCAUUAUGGGAGUGGCGAUGCUCAAAGAAAAAUUGUCCAAUUUACAAACCCAACUGAGUCAAGAUGUAAACGACGCUUUGGCAAUUCCCAUUUAGUAUAGGUUUUUAAUUACUUUUUAUUUCUAAUUGUAAGGUAAAUUUAAAAUAUAGGCAACAUCUUAUACAUGCAACAAUUUGUGUAAAUCGUGUUGCCUAUAUUAAAGAAACAGAUUUAAGAGUAAAUUUUGGUUUUAUU